AUGGCUCAAGAAGAUUAUAACCUGGACAUGAACACAGAGUCUGUGGAGCUAACCUACUCAUUACAACAGAUGGCUCCAGACCUUCCUCCUAUUCAUGUUACAAGUGAUAGACAAGUUCGGAACUUGCUCGAGAUAACUAAAACGCAUGAAGUACGUCUUUGUGUAUCAAGCUUUAGCAAGAUGAGAACGGGGGAUGAAGCUGAGGAGGGGCAUGAAGCUGAAGAGGGGGAUGAAGCUGAGGAUCAUGAUGGGGAGGAGGAUGCUGACAUCCCUGUUGUUGCUGAUGCUGAGGAUUAUAGUGAGUAUGGAAAGGUUAAAGAUGAGGAUGAGGAAGAAGAUGAUGAAAUCUGUUUUGAUGAUUACAAAGGGGCAUAUGGUUGUGAAGGAGAAGGAUCAUCUGCAGACAGAAUCUAUGUCAACCAGAGUUUUGCUAGUAAGGAUGCACUGCUUUCAGAGUUGCGGUUGACAGCGGUGAGGCAUAGGUUCUCCUUCAGAAUAUUCAAGUCAACGAAAACUCUGUUUGUGGCAACAUGUCGUGUUAGUGGUUGUCAAUGGAAGGUCCGAGCAAGUGUGAAACAUGGGACUAAAACGUUUUGGGUAACCAAGUAUUUGGCAACUCAUACAUGUUCUAUCCCAGACAGAAUCGCUCAGCGGAAACGUUGUACUCCGAAGUACAUUGGUCGACUUUUCAUAGAUCGAGUUGGAAUCAUUGAUGGGUUGAAUCCGCAGCAUAUCAAAGAUACAAUGAAGAACAUGUUUGGCAUGACACUUGAUUACACCACUUCAUACAGAGCAUUGUUAUAUGCGCAAGAAAUGGUGAGAGGAUCAGCAGAAGACGGGUAUGAGCGACUGCCUUCAUAUUUGGAGCAAAUCAAGGCAGCAAAUCUGGGUUCUAUCACAGCUAUAGAACUCGAUUCUCUGAAUAGAUUUAAGUAUCUAUUUCUUGCUUUUGGAGCUUCGAUCAGAGGAUUUAAGUAUCAAAGAAGGGUCAUUGUGGUAGAUGGGACUCACCUAAGUGGGAAGUAUGGGGGUACUAUGUUGGUUGCAGCCGCACAAGACGGUAAUUUUCAGAUAUAUCCAUUGGCUUUUGGGAUCGUAGAUGGUGAGAAUGAUGAAUCUUGGGAAUGGUUUUUCACAAAAUUAGCGAGCUGUGUAUCUGAUGAGUAUCCUCUGGUGAUAGUCUCCGACAGGCACGCCUCCAUUAUAAAUGCGUGUGAAAAGGUGUUUCCUUGGGCAACCCGAGGAAUAUGUUAUUAUCACCUUCAAGAGAAUAUUGUCAAAAAGUAUAAAGGGAAGCAUUUCUUGUACUUGGUGAAAGGUGCUGCUUAUGCUCAUACACUUUACGAUUUUGAUCGGUACAUGGAUGAGAUACGGAGUGCAAAUCCGGAUCUUGCUGAGUAUCUAGAGGAAGCCGAUGUGACCCUAUGGUCUAGGGUUCAUUGUCAGGGAGACAGGUACAACUUAAAAACGAGCAAUAUCGCUGAAUCAAUUAACUCCGCACUGAAGCGAGCAAGAGGAUUUCCUAUUCAGUUCCUGCUGGAGUUCAUAAGGGAGAAGCUAGGAAGGUGGUACUGGAAAAGGAGAGGAGAUGCUUUGAGUCUUACAACUCAACAUAGUCGGGGUGUUGAACACUUGCUUGCUGUCCGAGAGGAGAACGCGUAUACUCUGAGAGUCCAACAAAUUGAUGGAUGGAAGUUCUUUGUGAAAGGCGGCAAUAGGGACUGUAAUGUUGAUCUGGAACUUUAA